CCGUGCGCCAUUGUUCCCCGCACCCAACUGACGACAGGGGGCGAAGGUUAGCCGGAAAUGGGAGUCUGUUUCCGGUUCGGGACCGCGGCCGGGUUCGGGUGUCGUUCUGUUUCGGAGUCGGGCGGUUUGCUGGGCUUCACCAUGGAUGUUGAUUUGAUAUGCCCUGGAUUAUAUUGUGGAAAGCAAAUAAAAGAAAUUGCUAAUGACAGUCAACCGCAAUAUGGAGAUUGUGGGGUAUGUCCAAGAGGAGAAAGAUCAGAUGAUCUGAAAAUUUGUCGUAAAUGUGAAGCAUCACCAGAGUUGUAUGACUGGCUGUAUCUUGGUUUCAUGGCAGUUCUGCCUUUGGUUUUGCACUGGUUUUUUAUUGAAUGGUACUCGGGCAAAAAAAGUUCCAGUGCUCUUUUUCAGCAUGUGACUGCAUUACUAGAAUGUGCUGUUGCAGCCAUUGUCACAUUGUUAGUGAAUGAUCCAAUAGGAGAGCUGAAAAUUCGGUCCUGCCCUGUGAAGGUGCUAUCAGAUUGGUAUACAAUGCUUUAUAAUCCCAGUCCAGAUUAUAUUACUACACUGCAUUGUACACAGGAAGCUGUAUUUCCCUUAUACACUAUUGUCUUUAUAUACUAUGCCUUUUGUCUCGUUUUCAUGAUGCUGCUUCGUCCACUGCUGGUUAAAAAGAUUGCAUGUGGUCUUGGAAAAUCAGACCGAUUUAAAAGUAUUUAUGCAGCGCUUUACUUUUUCCCAAUUCUUACAGUACUUCAGGCAGUUGGUGGAGGCCUGCUUUAUUAUGCUUUUCCAUAUAUAAUUUUAGUCUUGUCCUUGGUAACUUUGGCAGUAUAUAUGUCCGCUUCAGAAAUACAGACUUACAAGGAUUUGAUCACCAAAAAGAAGAGAAUGGUUGUUCUGUUUAGUCACUGGAUACUGCAUGCCUAUGGAAUAAUCUCAAUUUCCAGACUGGAUAAACUGGACCAGGACCUGCCACUGUUGGCCUUAGUGCCCACUCCAACACUUUUUUAUCUGUUAACAGCUAAAUAUACAGAGCCUUCAAGGAUACUGUCAGAAGGUGGCAAUGGACAUUAGUGGAUAGAAAAAUAACAAUAUACAGCAGAUUGAUCAAUGAAUGGUAGAGAUUAUUCUAACAUCCCAAGGAGAAACAGUAAUCACCAUUCAAACCUGUUUUUAUUGCUUAAGGUUAUUUAUAUUCUUCAUAUACUUGAAAGAAAUUGUUCCAAAAUGUAUAAAACAAAUUUUAAUAAAGUAAAUUGCAUAUGUCACACAUUGGAUAACUGAAACGUAGCAACUUUGAUAUUCUGUGGGGGGAAUAAAUUGGGAAAGGUUAAAAUUAUAGUAAAGCAUCAUUUUAGAGAGUUUGAACUACUGCAGAUCGCUAGCUGUUCAAAUUCAAUUAAUAUUUGAUCUUACAGGAUUGCUUUUAAGUAUAAUUCUGUUGUGCACAUUUGCUCAUAAUUACACAGUAAAUAAUUGAAAGAAGAAUGGGCAAAAGAUCAUUAAGACAGCAUGUUGAGAAUGCUAAUACUGAAAUAUGCUUACUCAAUAGAAUAACUCACUUCUGUAGGCUAAACCAACUAUGCGUUGUUUUGCACAAAGCCUCUAUGGAAUUCCUGUUAGGUACACUAUCCAGAGAUUUAAUCAUAUCCAAAACUGGCACCACUGUUUAUCUCUCCCCCCCCCCCCCCCCCCCAAAUUCACUUCAUUGGACAAAACCAUAUUGGUAUUUCAGUGGGCAAUAUUACAUAGUUUACUAAAAUUUGUAGUAUUUUCACUUAGAGGUUAGUUACUAUUCCUGUAUUCUUUGGAGACCAGAACCAUAAGCUCUUUGAAUCUAAAAGCACAGACUUUAAGGGUAAACUCAUGAGUAUGAAAAUUCGUAGCAUGUAUAUUUCAACGGAUGUUGGAUUGUAAAUCUGAAGAUUUCGUUUUUUUCCAGCAAGCAGCAUAAGCUUCUUAAUUCAGAAAGAGCAAUGGACAUUAAAAGAGUUUUAAAACUAACAGUUAAUCCACAUUCUAAUAGAUAAGUUACUCAAUUGUAAUUGUAAAUGUUUCAUUGUAAUCAAAAUCCUACCUCAUGUAUAUUCACU